AUGCCAGGCCUGAUCAACAAGGGGAGUCAGAAUGCUCUGCCUCUCAGUGUCUCCGAGAUAACUUCCUGUGUCAGAGGUUACACUCUGGCCCUGACAGCAUCCAUGACCUACAACAACUUCGAGGACAAUCCUAUUGAGGGUGAGAACCUCAUUUGUUAUUACAAAUAUAAAACUAAGUAAGAUCAUUCCUACAAGUUAUCAUGAACAUUCUCUGGAGGCCUUAUACAAGUGUGUUUAUGAUUCUGAAUUUCCUUCCCUUGUCUGUGAGGUAGCCUCCAGAGCUUCCACAGUGCUUCUCAAUAUCAAUAAUUACUUGAGCACUGUCCACGGCCUGUAUUGACAUAAUUUAGUUAGUUUUACAUAAUUGCCUGUUUGUCUCUGGUUAAUGUAAACUGUCUUCAUUUGAUGUAGGUAUCUUCAUUUACCCGCUGGAAGAAUGCUCUACCGUGGUGGGAUUUGAAGCUAUGAUCUCCAACCAGAUAAUAACUGUGCAAAUCAAAGACAAGUCCAAGAUUGAUGAUUGUUACUUUGAUUGCUGCACUACAGCUAAUGGCGCCCUUCAGAGUGGCAGUGGUAAGGAUGGGUCUCGUGUCAAGUACUGUGGUCAGUGGUGACAAUAGGAGAUGUUAAGACAACACAAACAGAGACCAGGCUAGUGGUUUUGGGUCCAACUAUCUCGAUUCCUAGUCCAAUCAAUAAGGAUAAUAUUGCUCUGAAAAAUACAAAACAUGACCAUUUAUGUGAGUUGUUCUGCUAUGAUAUUCCAGGACAUAUCGUGCUGGACGAGGACUUGGAGAGGACAGUGUUGGUGGUUAACCUGGGGGUCAUCCCCCCUCUGGAGACAGUCAACGUGUUGGUCAGCACCUCCUCUGAGCUGCCCACCCUGCCCAACGGGGGCAUCCGGGUCACCUCACCCACUGUGUGCACCCCCAGGGUCCAGAGGACCAUCAACGAGGAGCAGGGACUCUCCCCAAACUUCCAGAACAGAACGUAAGAAUGCCGUGACAGUGUGUCAUCAUCAUAACCACAACAGAAUGUCACCACUGUGUCACUGCUGAAUGUCAACGCUGUGUCACUGCUGAAUGUCAACGCUGUGUUACUGCUGAAUGUCAACGCUGUGUUACGGCUGAAUGUCAACGCUGUGUCACUGCUGAAUGUCAACGCUGUGUCACUGCUGAAUGUCAACGCUGUGUUACGGCUGAAUGUCAACGCUGUGUCACUGCUGAAUGUCAACGCUGUGUUACUGCUGAAUGUCAACGCUGUGUUACGGCUGAAUGUCAAUGCUGUGUUACUGCUGAAUGUCAACGCUGUGUCACUGCUGAAUGUCAACGCUGUGUCACUGCUGAAUGUCAACGCUGUCUUGUCCAAAUCAAAACUCUAUAGGGCCAUUUUGAUCUUUAAAGGCAACUUGAACUCUAAUUGGUAACUUGGAAGAUAAGUCAUUCACAGCAUGCCUGCAUUAGACAUCAGUUAUUUCAAAUGUUAAAGACAGAGAGAUAGCCGAUUGGUGGACAAGACUAUGAAUUCACUGACUGUGAUUUUCUAUUGUGGUAUUUUCUGGCACAGGCGGGACAGCAGGCAUAAUUGUGCCCUGGAUCCACAUGAGCAGACUCCUAUCACCCCCCAGCUGUACAUGGCCCAGCUGCUGGAGGAAGAGGCCAUCAACUCCAUCGACUAUGAGUUUAGCUUCCAGCUGGAGAUCAGAGCCCCCUAUCUCCUUGCAGGUCAGAGACACAACAUACAAGCAUCUACACGUUGCAGUUUAUUUGUAUUAUAAAUACAAUUUAUAUCCCACUGACCAACAGGGAUUUGCAUACCGAUAUAGACAUCCUUCCACUAUGAGUACAAAGCUACCUCCACACACACAAGCAAGAUUCAUUUGAGUUUUUUUGUGAUAUCUUGCUCUUGUAUUUUCAUGUGAUUCUACCGUUUAUUCUACACUGUAGAUGCUUUAGAGGUGUCUUUUUGUGCAGGUGUGGAGAGCCCCUCUCAUGCCAUCCGGGCCGACGCAGACCCCCUGGCCCGCUCAGCCACCAGCGUCGUCAUCACACUGGCUGACAAGUACACCUACGACUGCCCUGUGGAGAUCCUCAUCUACCCCAGU